CACACAUUCCAGUCGGAUUCACUUUACAACCACAACCACAACAACAACCACAACAACCCAAAAACAACAACCACAACGACCGCCUCCACUGUUCUUGGGUCAACCGAAGGAUUGGGAAACACAAGCCCACAAGAUGCCGGCGGACAUCGUGACCACGGAGCAGCUGCGCUACCAGCUAGCCUUCAGCAACGCCAUGGAGCGCACCACGCGCCACUGGCAGGAGACGUUUGCGUGGUACCCGGCGAUGCAGGACUGCCACUUCCGGCGGACCGACCAGAUCUACCUGGAGAGCCGCCAGCGGUACGGCGACCGGCACUUCCUGCGCUACGCCGCCCGGAGGCGGCUGCUCAAGAAGUACACCGUGACCGCCCAGGAGGUGAAGGCGACCCUGGAGGAGCGGAGCACGCUGCAGCGGGACGGCAUCCUGGGCAUCCGGGUGGCGGCCACCGAGAACGGGGAGUACGGCCGCUUGAAGCCCUCCAGCCUGUACUUCUGCUAGGAUCCCCGCUCCCCACCCCCUUCGAUCCCCCCAGAUCUCCGCCAGAAGCGCUCACAAUUAAACUAUCAUCGUCCGCUGACAAUGCAACUCUCAAUGGCCGUCACUCAUUACGCGAUUUUUGCAUGACCGUGCGCAUAAUUAACAAGGUGAAAAUGUCAGUCCGACCUGCAACCGGUUGCCCCGCCCCUCCGCACCGCCGCCCUAGCGAGGGCCCACUGUACGCGGCUGAAAAGUUCGCACAGGUAAUUAAGUGAUCGCGUCUGUCCACUCGAUGAGAUGACUCGCCUCGUUUGCUCGCCUGAAAACUGUUCCGUGGCGUCCAUAAAAAUGGGUGAAAAUGAGUGUUCCGCGGGUGCAUUAUAGGCAUUCUACCAUUCAGACCAUUCAGCUCCGCACUUGCAGGUGCACUGAAUCAUUUGCUACGCAAAUCUGGGGGAGGAGACGUGAUCAAGGAAUCGAAGUAAUUGGAAUACUUUUACGCUUGAAUAAAUUAUUGAUAUGAUUCUGUAA